AUGAGCUACUCUAAGGGCAGCUGUUAUAGAGGCCUGGGCUAUGGCUAUGGCACUGGUUAUGGCUGUGGAUGUGGCAGCUUCCGUGGCCUAGGCUAUGGCCUUGGCGGCUAUGGCUGUGGAAGCCUGGGCUAUGGUGGCUAUGGCUAUGGAGGCCUGGGCUAUGGUGGCUAUGGCUAUGGCUGCUACCGCCCAUCUUGCUGUGGAAGGUAUUCUUCCUGUGGCUUCUAUUGA